CACAGUCUGCUAGUAGGACCAUUUGUAAUAUCAGAUUUGCCUUUAAGGUCAUAAUGAAUAAGAUAUGAACAGCAGGAACCUGCUCUUAAACCAGCUAGCACAUUUGCUUCCUUGGAAGUUGUGGGAAUGUACGUUUUUGGUUUCCCAUUGGUUCUGGGAACAAAGCCAAAAGUUUCCUGACUGGUAAAAUUGAGAAGAAAAAAAUUAAACGUUCUGAGAAUGCAAGUGAACAUUCCACCUGUUCUAGAUUGCAGGGACGUUCUGAGAACGUUUUACUAUGGUUCCCAGAAUGUUUUCAUGGGAUGUUUUAUUAACCUAUAAUUUCCAUUCUCAGAAUGUUAUUUAAAGGUAAUUAAAUGACGUUCUGAGAACAUAUUUCAAUAAGACUUAACACUGCUAGCUUAGUUUGGGUUACCGGUUGUGAACUCCAAGCACAGGUAGGACACAUGGAUAUUAAUUUGCUUAGGUAUUAAUCAUGCAAACACACCUUUUUUUUGUGGCACUGCAUCAAUGCGAUUCUAACCUAUGAUCUUCUGCUCUCUAUUCCUGGAAUUAGUCCACUGCUCUGUUCAUUUUAGUCUAUUCAAACAGACUCCAUUUCAAAGUAAAUAAUCACUCAUUAAGAUCAGGUGUGUCCAAUAAGUGGGUGCGGCAAACCCACCUGAACACACUUAACAGGAUAGGAUAGAGUUUUGUUGAUGGGAGAUUCGGAAGUGUGUUGAAUGAAGUCCAGCGGUCAGAGAGACAAAAGAAGGGGAGAGCUGAAGGUUUUCCGACACGAGAAGAGGCCGGCUGGAGAGCUCAAAGAAAAGACGGAAGAAAAGAAAGUCUUACUACUCAAAGAUAAAGGAAAAAGAAAACCCAAAGGAAUGGAGAAGGAAACUGAAAAAAAGAGGCACCGAUUCACCCCUGGAGAUGAGGAUCUUAUUAUUUCAGGGGUACUUGGGCACUGGGAGGACCUCUUCGGUGCCCAGGCCCACAUUCGCCCCCGGGGGUCAAAGACGGCAACCUGGAACACCAUCGCGGGGACCUUGACCCCUACAUCAGCUGUGGCGAGAUGUGGUGAUGAUGUCCGGAAGAAGUACAAUCUCAUAAGGAGCCAAAUCAAGCAAAAGGUUUCUUCUAUCCGGACAUUGUCCACCCAGACUGGUGGGGGGCCCAACACCGUGCCGGCGCUGACCGACCUGGAGCAGCAACUGCUUUCCCGAAUGGCAGAGACCGAAGCUGGUGUAGGGCCUGCUGAUUUGGGAUUUGGUCUCUCUCAGGGAGAAAUCUCCAGCUCUGGUCCCCUACCAGCAGCACAGGGAACUGUGGAGUCAGCUUUACCCUCUGUCACCAUGGAGGAGCUACCCUCCACCUCGCCAUCAACACCUUGGCCAGCACCAACAGUGCCACCCCAACCCAUCACCUCCCGUCCUGCACCAUCUCACUCUGGCUCUACACCCCAACCCAUCACCUCCCGUCCUGCACCAGCUCACUCAAUCCAGGCUCAAUCAAUGAAUCAAAUUUAUUUUAUAAAGCCCUUUUUACAUCAGCAGUUGUCACAAAGUGCUUUACAAAUACCUAGCUUAAAACCCCAAAUAGCAAGCAAUGCAGAUGCACUCUCUGGCUGUAAACCCCAACCCAUCACCUCCUGUCCUGCACCAUCUCACUCCAUCCACUCUGGCUCUACACCCCAACCCAUCACCUCCUGUCCUGCACCAUCUCACUCUGGCUCUACACCCCAACCCAUCACCUCCUGUCCUGCACCAUCUCACUCCAUCCACUCUGGCUCUACACCCCAACCCAUCACCACCUGUCCUGCACCAUCUCACUCUGGCUCUACACCCCAACCCAUCACCUCCUGUCCUGCACCAUCUCACUCCAUCCACUCUGGCUCUACAUCCCAACCCAUCACGUCUGGCUGGACACCACAGGGCCCCCAAGCCAAUCUGUUCCAACAAAUCCUGGACACACAAACACAACAAAUCCAUGUUACACAGACCGCCCAACACAUCCACCAAGCUCUUUAUGAUUUAUUACAAAAAGCACAUGAAACACAGAAGGCACACCUGGAUGUGGAGAAGAACCGGCUCCAGCUGGAUAGAGAGCGCUUGAGGGUGGAGACAGAGCGCCUGCAGGUGGAGAGGGAGCGCCUUCAGCUGGAGAAGGAUCGCCUGGGGGAAGGGGAGGCCCGGGAGGUGCUUCGGCAGCUCUCUGUCUCCGGGUCAGUCGCCCUAGAACACCAGACGCCUGUGAGUUCAAGAACUGCCAGUGCCUCCCCCACCCUUCCUCUGGGAACACCAUCAGCCUCCAUGUCCAGUCCCCUCACAUUAAUAUCACCUACUGCACCACACUUUGAUUUCUUAUUUUCCCCAUUCCCAUUACCGGUAAUCACAACCCAUUCCACCCAGCCUUCACAAACUGCCCCAACCCCCCUACCUUAACCAGCCCUGCCCCAACCUCCCCUACCUUAACCAGCCCUGCCCCAACCUCCCCUACCUUAACCAGCCCUGCCCCAACCUCCCCUACCUUAACCAGCCCUGCUCCAACCACCCCUACCUUAACCGUUUCUGCCCACUCUCUCAUCCCUACAAUCUCCGGAUCUGUUAAACGGCGAGUUCAGGAGACAGUCCGGCCUUGGUCUACACCCACUGCUAAGAAUAAAAAACAUCAAUAAACAAAUAAUGUAAUAAAA